UUUAUGACCUAAGCUAGCAAGCACUCCUCACCACCGGAAAUCCGAAAUGCAGCGACAAAAGUCGAUACUCUCCUUCCUCAGGAAACCGGAGCCCUCCACCGGACCCAAACCCGCCCUUGCCGACGCAGCAAUCACAGGAACCGACACUCCGCCCGAGAAAGUGCCCCGUCCUUCUCUCUUCUCCACCAUUAAGCACAAGUUUGCUAAACCUCACAACUCCACCAGGUGUGAUGGGGGUGAAAAUUUUACUAUUCAGUCUCUCCCCCUUGGGUUUGAUGCAUCAGAGGAUUCAGGAAAUGGACAUUUGGCGGUCUCCAAGCAUCCCAGUGAACAAUAUGCGUUAAAUUCCAGCAGAACAGUGUUUCCUGGAGGGGACAAAGGUUCUUUGCUCCUAAACAAUUUGGAGGAUGACCUUCCUGGCCCAGAGACGCCAGGCAUGAGACCGCUUGUUCCUAGGGUAAAGCGAGUGCAAGAGGAUGUCUGUAAUUUUGAGGCGAAGGCUGAUUUUUCUUUGCAAGAUAAUAGGAAAAGAAUGAAACUUGAGCAAGCUUCUGAUGUGUCAAAGAAAAUUUAUGAUGUGGAUUCAGAUACAAUUAGCAAGUUUGAAUGGUUGCAUCAAUCCCAAAUCAAGGAUGCCAAUGGAAGAAAGCCGGCAGACCCUCUUUAUGAUAAGAGGACACUUUACGUCCCUCCUCAUGCACUGAGCAAGAUGUCGGCAUCUCAAAGGCAAUACUGGGAUGUCAAACGCCAGUAUAUGGACGUGAUUCUCUUCUUUAAAGUGGGAAAGUUCUAUGAGCUCUAUGAAAUAGAUGCUGAAAUCGGUCAUAAGGAACUCGAUUGGAAAAUAACACAAAGUGGUGUGGGGAAGUGUCGACAAGUUGGUGUAUCUGAGAAUGGAAUUGAUGAUGCUGUUCAGAAGUUGAUAGCUCGUGGGUACAAGGUUGGUCGAAUAGAACAGUUGGAGACCUCAGAGCAGGCGAAAUCCAGGGGCUCUACAUCUGUUAUUCGACGGAAGUUGGUUCAUGUGCAAACUCCUGCAACCACUAUUGAGGGCAAUAUUGGGCCUGAUGCAGUUCAUCUUCUUGCUAUAAAGGAGGGUCGUAUGCUGGAAGAUGGUUUGAUUCUGUUUGGGUUUGCAUUUGUUGAUUGCGCUGCAUUAAAAUUUUGGGUUGGUUCUAUCAGGGAUGAUGCUUCAUAUGCAGCGGUGGGGGCUUUGUUAAUGCAGGUGUCUCCUAAGGAAAUUUUUUAUGAAGGACAAGGGCUGUCUAAAGAUGCUCAAAGAGCUCUCAAGAAGUUAAAUUUGACAGGAUCAACUUCAUUCCAAUUGAAUGCAAGUGACUCUUUUGGAGAUGCCUUUGAAAUUAGAAGUAUCAUUGAUGCAAACAAGUACUUCGCUGGGUCUUCUGAUUCAUGGAAGCAGGUUCUUGAUGGAGUUAUGCACUGUGAUCUUGCGUUAUGUGCCUUGGGGGGACUUAUUAGUCAUCUAUCAAGAUUAAUGUUAAAUGAUGUCAUCCGCAAUGGAGAUAUUUUUUCUUACGAAGUUUAUAAGGGUUUCCUUAGAAUGGAUGGUCAGACUCUGGUAAAUUUGGAGAUCUUUAAUAAUAGUGCAGAUGGUAGCCAAUCAGGCACUCUGUACAAGUAUCUUGAUAAUUGCAUAACUUCAUCUGGGAAACGGCUCUUAAAGAAUUGGAUAUGUCAUCCCCUUCAAGAUGUAGACAAAAUAAACAAAAGGCUUGAUGUAGUUGAAAACAUGAUGGCGAACUCAGAAAUCGUCUCACACAUUGCCCAAUUACUUCGCAAGCUUCCAGAUGUAGAAAGGUUACUCGGACGUGUAAAGUCGAGCUUUCAAUCUUCUUAUGUACUUUCAUUGCCCUUACUUGGUAGCAAGUUACUGAAACAGCGACUAAAAGCUUUUGGAUCUCUUGUAAGAGGACUGCGAAUCGGAAUGGAAAUGCUAAUGCUAUUGCAAAACGAUGAAAUCAUGACUGCAUCAUUGUCAAAAGUUAUAACUGUUCCUGUUUUAAGUGGCAGCGGGGGGCUUGAUGAAUAUCUUUCUCAGUUUGAAGCAGCAAUUGAUAGCGAAUUCCCCAAUUACCAGGACCAUAACGUUACAGACUCGGAGGCUGAAACAUUAACUAUUUUGAUUGAGUUACUUGUCGAGAAGGCAGCUCGGUGGUCUCAAAUGAUACAUGCCAUAAAUUGCAUUGAUGUAUUAAGAUCUUUUGCUGUGUCUGCGAUUUCUUCUUGUGGAGUGAUGUGCCGACCUAAUGUUUUGCCCCACGCCACCGUUACUAACUCAUUCAUGGCGAAAAACCCGGUACUUCAUAUGGAAGGGCUAUGGCAUCCUUAUGCCCUUGAUGAGAAUGGGGGGGCGCCUGUACCCAAUGAUAUUAUUCUUGGAGAAGAUGGUAGUAGUUGUACUCCAGUGACAUUGCUAUUGACCGGGCCAAAUAUGGGUGGGAAGUCAACACUCUUGCGUGCAACUUGUCUGGCUGUUGUACUGGCACAGCUAGGUUGUUAUGUGCCGGGCAGAACAUGCACUCUAUCAGUUGUCGACAUCAUAUUUACCCGGCUUGGUGCAACGGAUCGUAUUAUGACUGGCGAGAGUACCUUCCUAAUCGAGUGCACGGAGACAGCAUCAGUUUUGCAAAAUGCUACUAAGAAUUCACUGGUUAUUCUUGACGAAUUGGGUCGAGGGACUAGUACUUUUGAUGGAUAUGCUAUUGCCUAUGCUGUGUUUCGUCAUCUUGUGGAGUCAGUCAACUGCCGAUUGUUAUUUGCAACACAUUAUCACCCUCUAACAAAGGAGUUUUCAGCCCAUCCUCAUGUAAAACUGCAACAUAUGGCAUGCUGUUUUGAUGGGACUUCUGACACAUCAUCAGAAGUCGACCAAAAGCUGAUUUUCCUCUACCGGCUGGCCUCUGGAGCGUGCCCACAGAGUUAUGGAAUGCAAAUAGCAGCUAUGGCUGGAAUUCCAAACACAGUGAUUCGAGCAGCCUCAAAAGCAAGACAAGUCAUGAAAGAAAUUGUGGGAGAAAGCUUCAAGUCAAGCGAGCAGAGGGAGAAUUUCUCGACAUUGCAUGAAGAGUGGCUGAAAUCAAUUCUAUCUAUUUCGAAGACAAAGGAAACUGAUUUUGACGACGAUGCGUUUGAUCUCUUGUUUUGCCUGUGGCAUGAGCUGAAAAGAUCUUUCAAGGAGAACUGAUGACGAGAAGGAACACGUCCUCAGCCUGCCUCGUAAAUUCUUCCUACUGCUGUAUGUAUGUUAUUAUGCACUUUCAUCAUCUACUGAAUUCAAGUGUCGACUAUGUGAAGGGGUCUUUCUUUUCUUAGGUAUGUCACACUCUUGAAAUAUGCUAUAUAAUCUCUAUCUUUAUGCAAA